GCCCGGAACCUGUUUGCGAGCCUACUGUAUGAGCGAGCCCGAGGCUCGAGCCGAGCCGAACCGAGCGCUGGCUGUUCUAAACACGGGCCGUUCCUAGCGUAUAGUUCAAUGACUUUGACGAAUUUAAUUGAACUGGGAUGCAAGUUUAAUCGCGAACUUUUUGUGCGUGUGUGUCGUGUUGGAGUUGGUGGCUGCUAGACGGUGCCGUGGACCUAACGCAAAGGCCUGGCAGGCUAGAAGCCUGGCGCAGCCGCCCUCAGCUCCACUCCGCUCGCCUGGACUAAAGAGCAGGAGACUAAAGUGGAUGUUGUGUUCGAGUGAUGUGUGGGUGAAAUCGUGGUGAAGCCUAGUGCACAAGCUGUCCUUGAAUGUGUCCAAGCAUUCACCAGAGCAUGAUCAUAAACACUGGAGGCAUGACGGGGGAAAGGAUGGUGUUACUCAGCUAGCACCCCCGUUACCAUGGCCUCCUGGUGCAACCUUCGCUCUCGCAAGAAGAAGAGAUAAAGAAGAUAUGUUCCUGCUCAGAAGCUCGCAACAAAAUGAAGUGCUUAAAAAGAGUGCUUUGUCAGUGAUUUGAAGUUUUCCCUUUAUUUUAAUUUUUGUUUUGGUUGGGAAACCCAGUGAGCCCUUUCCCACAACUUUUUUUUUCCAACCCUACCCCUUUUUCCAAGAAGAAAUUUUGUUUUCUAAGUUGGCUCACAGUGAUACAUUGUGUGAGUGUGCGGUGGCACCUGGUGCCCCCUGGUCGCCAGUCCGCCUGUGCGGAGCAUGGAAACGGUGCAACAGACCGUGGUGCACCUGGACCAUGGUGGUAUACAACAGCCGUCUUCCAUGGCGUACGCGCAACGCCCGUCUCAGCUGCACAGGCCUUCCCAGCCAACUGAGGGGUUGUCGUUCAAAGCCCAGCGACAGAUCCCACUGUCCAACCCCCAGCCCUUGCCCCCGCACUCUACCUCGGCCGCCGUGCCCACCUCCGUGCCUCCCCCGACCUCCGGAGGCCCUGGGGGCCCUGCCAGCUACCAGGUGCGGACCAGCGCCCCGGGCCCCGGCCAUGGCCCCCAGCCCAACACCUACCACCUGGGGAUGUCGGUGCGGGACCCUCCCCCCGGGCCCCACCCCGGGCCCCAGGGUGCCGCCCCCGCGGGACCCAACCCUAGAGAAGCACUGCGGUACCUCACCCCCUACAACAACACGCCCAUGUCCUUCCGGGAGCCCACGUAUAGACUGCCUGUGCCCCCUGGCGGAGCGCCCGGCGUCCAGCACGGUGGCCAGCAUGGCAUGCAGCAUGGUGGCCAGCACGGCGUCCAGCACGGAGGCCAACACAGCGUUCAGCACGGCGUCCAGCACGGUGGCCAGCACAGCAUUCAGCAUGGCAACCAGCACGGCAACCAGCACGCCCAGCACGGUGCCCAGCACGCUGGACAACACGGUGGUCAGCAUGGACCCCAGCACGGUGGUCAGCAUGGCGGCCAGCAUGGUGGUCAGCAUGGUGCUCAGCAUGGCGGCCAGCUUGCUGGCCAGCACGGCGUGCAGCACGGCGUGCAGCACGGCGUUCAGGACGGCCCCGGGGAGCGAGGGGAGGGGGAGAGCAGGCCCCCGGGCUCUGGGCCCGGCUUGCUCAUCGCUGGCCAGCCGCAGACCGUGGACCUGGGGCGGGCUCCGGAGGGCACGGUCGUGCGCACCCCCCACGGCACGGUGGUCACUCUGCCACUGAGGCAGCCGCUCGUCGGCUCCGCGGCCGCCGACCCGCGCGCCAGGGUCUUGGGCGACCAGCCUCAGUACCAGGUGUUCCUGCCUCCACACGGUAUGAACACCGUCGUGUCUUCGGCCCCCACUCCUGUGUCUGUCCAGGCGCCGGCGCCGAGCAAGCCUCAACAGCCUAUGGACGCCGGGCCUCCAUUCAAGAAAAUCAGGCUAGGUGACGCGAAGCAGGUGUUGGAGCCCUUGAGGGUGGACACCAGGGAGCAGCCGGCGUACACGCCGCAGGUCGAAGCCAUCUCACCCACGCUGCCAAGUGAGGCUCAGACGGACGAGGCAUUUCGAAUAGCCAAGGACGAUCUCCUAAAUGCUAUCCAUAAAAUGGAUCAGGAAAUUAACAAAGGAGAAAGGGAGUUAAAUGCCUUAAAAAGGAAGGAGGGUGAGCUAACUAGAAAUGCCUCAAAGUUACGUAACCGGCGGCACAUCAAGAAAGAACCGGAUGAAGAGAUAACAACACCCAAACAUCAAAGUCCUGCUCAAAAAAUAUAUGCUGAAAAUAGAAGGAUGGCAAUGGAGGCUCACAAUGCUUUAAGCAAACUUGGUCCUGACAUUGACUAUCCUUUAUAUAACCAGCCAUCUGAUACUGCUGUGUAUCAUGAAAACAAGCGCCAGUACCUGACUUUUAAAGAGACUUUAAUGGAACAUUUAAAGAAAAAGCAUGCAGAGAAUGAAGAACGUGAUAAAUACCUUGCAAGCACAUAUUCAAGACUAAUGCAAGAGUGGGUGAGAAAAGUAGAACGUACUGAGUCAUCUCAAAAGAGAAAGGCAAAAGAAGCUAAAAACCGUGAAUUCUUUGAAAAAGUAUUUACGGAAUUGAGAAAGGCAAGAGAAGACAAAGAACGAUUUAACCGUGUUGGUGCUCGCAUUAAAAGUGAGGCUGACAUGGAAGAAAUCAUGGAUGGCCUCCAAGAGCAGGAGAUGGAGGAUAAGAAAAUGCGCUCCAUGGCAGUGGUUCCACCAAUUUUACUUGCCCCUUCUCAAAAGCGCCUACAGUUUCAAAAUAAUAAUGGUCUUAUUGAUGAUUAUAGUUCUGAAUAUAAAGAAAGACAAUUAUUGAAUGUCUGGACAGCUAGUGAAAAAGAAACAUUUAGGGAAAAAUAUCUUCAACAUCCUAAAAACUUUGGUUUAAUAGCAUCUUAUUUGGAUAGAAAAACUGUUUCUGAUUGUGUACAAUAUUAUUACCUUAGCAAGAAAUCGGAGAAUUAUAAGCAGCUAUUACGUAAAUCUAGGCAAAGAACUAGAUCAAGUAGAAAUAAUCCUGGAAAGCCUAACAAUUUGGCAAACUCUGCAGGCCUUGUAGACAUUUUAAGUAGCACUGGUGUUACCACUCGAUUGCAACGAGAGCAACUCCAACAGAAGAGAGAAGAACCUCAAAGAAACCAGCGGGAACCAGCUGAACCAGCAGCUGAUUCCCCUAAGCCCCCCACUUCAACCUCACCAAGUGUUGUGAACAAUAGUAGUACAGUGUCAAACUGUGUAGGUGCAACUACUAAUUUAGUAGCAUCAUCUCAACAAAACGACACACCAGCUCAAGAUGCAAAGAAAGGGGAGUCUAAAGUAGAAAAUAAGAAGAAAGAGAGAAGAAAAGAAGAUAAGAAAAAGAAAGAGAGUGAGCAGCUUGAAUCAAGUGAUGAAGAUAUCAGUGAACAAGACAAGCCGGUGGGCACGCAGCCCUGCAUCCUGUGCAAGCAGCAGGUGGACGGCAUGUCGCAGUCGCGCCUGCUGCCGCGCUCGCAGGCCGCCCAGUACGGGCUGCGCGAGGACGAGGUGUCGCCGGGCGCGCGCGUCUGCAACCCGUGCCGCUGCAAGGCGGUGCGCUCGCGCUACGUGCACUGCCCGCUGCCCUCGUGCCCCAACGCCAAGGGCCGCGUCAAGCGCGUGCGCCCCUUCCCGCCCAAGUGGGCCGACCUGCCGGCCGAGCAGCGCGAGCCCAUCAUCGCCGAGUUCCAGAUCCCUGCGGGCGUGACCAAGGCGUGCACGGCGUGCGUGAACCGCAUCUCGCGCCGCAUCAGUCCGUCCGAGGAGCACGCCGCCAGCGGGGACGCCUCCUCCAGCCCGUCGGUCGCCUCCGCCACCAACUCGCUGCGCUGGACCGAGGACGAGACGGAGCUCCUCAAGAAGGCCCUGCGCGACCACGGCACCAACUGGCAGCGGGUGUCGGAGGCCGUGGGCGGCACCAAGACGCACCACCAGUGCAAGAACUUUUACUUCAACUACCGCAAGAAAAUUGGGCUGGACGCGUUGGUGCAGGAGUACCACAAGGUGAGGGAGAACCACCUGGGCGAGGAGAGGAAGCCCGCACUCACGGAUGAGGAGGAGAGCGGGUCCAGCACGUCGUCCUGUGACGAGGUGCUCCCCGCCGCCGGGCCUCAGACCGUGGACAGCGACACGGCCAGCGCCAACAGCGCCUCGCCCAGCGCGGCGGCGGCGGCUGCAGCCGCUGCGGCGGCCAAGGCUGCGGGGGCGACGGCGGCUGCGCCGACAUCAGCAGCUCCAGCGACAGCGGCAGCGCCGGGGACGGCCGCGCCGGGGGCGGGACCCUCGGCGACGGCUGCUCCUGGGACUGCCGCGGCGCCCUCCCCCGGGCCGACGCCCAGCGCGGCCCCGGCUCCAGCAGUGGCCGCGGUCGCAGUCCCGGCCGCGCCGACCGUCGUGACGGAGGCGGACAAGGCCGCCAGCCCGGCGCCCGUCGUGGCCAUCGCGACGGGGUCCGCCACCACGCCGUCCGUGACUCCGGCGGCAUCGCCGGCCCCCAACGGCACCCUCACCCCUAUCCCAGUCUCGGUGACCAUGCCAACCUCCGCGACGGCCACCUCAACCUCGCCGCUGAGCGUACCGACCCUGACCACCACUCAGGCGCGCACCACCAGCGAAUCUUCCGACCAGCGGACGACCAACAAGGAGGACUACGACAGCUCAGCAACGGAGACUGCGGACGAAGGGCAGGGAGGGGCUGAACCGCCGCAGGCCCCGGCACCCGGCCAGACGCCCGGCCCGGGACCGGCCGGCCAGGCCAACGGGCCCUCGUCGCCCCGCGUCACGACGGUCAAGGACCUCAUGCUGAGCGUGAUCGAGGUGUCGCUCAAGAAGACGCAGAGCGCGGCGAGCGACACGGCCCCGCCCACCCUCAACUCCAUCCUCAACUCGGAGAACAGCUUCAUGGGCCCCGGCCGCGACUUCCGCCCCGCUGCCCCCGGCGGGCCGGCCGGCGGCCAGGGUGCCGUACCUGGGCAGCAGGGCUCGCCCGCCGACAAGCAGGCCGCGGUGACCAACUCCCACCUCGGCGAGCGGCCCGAACCCCAGCCCAAGGACGCCGCCAACGCACACCAUCCAGACCUACCCUCCGGCCUUGCCCCGGGCCCGGGGUCGAGCUCGGGCCUGCCCCUGGCCAAGGACGGUCUCGUUGUGGUGCAGGACCAGCAGGCGCUGCGCGAGCGUGACGCCGCCCCGAGAGACAACCUGCCCGAGGACUUGUCCGUCAAGAGGCCGCGCGACGGCCCGCCCGGGCCCGCCACCCUGGGCGUCGCCGCACCCUACCCCGGGCGCAACCCCUCACCCGCCGGCCUGCAGCACUCGCUGCACGUGGCAACGCACCCUGGGGCGCCGCACGUCGGGCUGGGCGCGCUCGGCAAGGCUGGCCCCGGCGGCCCCGUGUACCGGACGGGCCCCGGCGGCGAGGGCACCUACUACCACGGCGUGGGGGCGCAGCCCCACGGCCAGCCCGCUACGCCCCACCUGGUGAUGGGGCCUCGGACAGUGACGCCCGGCGCCCCGCACGCGCCGCACGCACUCAACCCGCACGCCAUCAAGCAGCCCCUGAAGGUGGUGCCGCCCACCUUACCGCUGCCGCAGCAGACCAAGCUGUCGCCCAAGCUGGUGACGCCCAGCACGCACGGCGCGCACCACGGCUCCCUGAGCGGGCACGGGCCGCACGGCGGGCACCAGGGCGGGCCCCUGGGCGGGCACGGGCCGCACAAGGCGGGCUCCAUCACGCACGGCACGCCCGUGUCGUCGCCACAGCGCUACAACGAGAACCUGCUGCGGCCGCCGCACGUGACGCACCAGCACCAGUCCCUGGGCAAGGAGGGCUCCACCGGAGGCGGCUCCAUCACCCAGGGCACGCCCGUGCACCUGCCCGCGCGCCUGCCCACGGCCGCCACCCCGAUGUACGACUACUACAAGCGGCCGCCGUCCGGCGGCGUCACCUACCCGCACCCGCCAGUCCACCCCUCCGUGCCGAGCCCCGUGACCACCUCGGCGCCCUCGACAGGAGGCUUCACGUCGCCCUACCCCCACCAGGGCGCUCGGCCCGUCACCUCGUACACCUCCGAGCAGCUCCACUCGAGGCAGAUCAUCAUGGCGGACUACUAUACCUCCCAGCAGAUGCACGGCACUCGGCGGCCACCGGAGAAGCCCGGCCAGCAGGGCCCUCCGCUGUGGGGUCCGGGCGGUCCUUCCCCCAGGGUGUCGCCCGGCCCCGGCGGCCCGUCACCUCACAGCUCGUCGCCGCACAGCUCGUCGCCACAGCCUCAACCGCCGCCCCAGUCCUCGCCGGUGCAGGCCAAGGGCCCCGCCACCAUCUACAUCCAGAAGUACCCGACACAGCCGCCCAGCCAGCCGCCACAACCCCAGCGGCUGCCCCCGGAGCGCACGCCGCCCCCGCAGGCCCGGCAGGGUGUGAUCCAGCGCCACAACACGACGCCACAGCCGCCGCCGCAGCACGCCCCCCACCAACCCUCCCACCAACCCUCCCACCAACCUCACCAACCCUCCCACCAGGCUCACCAACCCUCCCACCAGUCUCACCAGCCUCAUCAGUCCCAUCAAUCCCACCAGUCCCAUCAGCCCCACCAACCACAUCAACCCUCUCAUCAGUCUCACCAAGCCCAUCAGACACUGCAGUCCCACCAACCAGCCCGCCCGCUGCACUUCAGCCACCCGCCCCAGGGCCACGAGGCCUUCGCGUCCCUGGUGGACGUGGCCGUCGCCCAGCCCAGCCUGCCCGUCCCUGUGACCGCUUCCGGCGCCGACAAGCGACAGGCCCACCAGCACCAUGAGGGCCUUGGAAAGACCAUGGCCGACUCUCUAAGAGACCGCGAGCGAGAUCAGCGCGACCAGAGAACCCCUCCAGGACACCAUCCUGGGCCCCCUCCAGCCCAGUCGGACAGCAGACAGCAGCAGAUCCUGAUCCAGCAUCACCAGCAACAUCAGCAGCAGCAGCAGCGGCACCCUCCGCCCAUCCAGUACCACCAGCUGCAGCAUCAGGUGCAGCACCAGGUGCAACAUCAGGUGAGGCUGGAGCAGCACCGACAGAUCAUGAUGGCGGAGCGGGAGAAGGAGCGCGAGAGGGAGGCGACGCGCGUGUCGGGCCCCAGGCACACGCCCUCGCCGCAGCUGCAGCAGCUGCAACAGCAGCUGCCGCCCAGCACCCAGGCCACGCAGGUGUCCAUCUCGCAGGCCCCGAGCCCGGCCCAGAGGGAGUCGAGUGUCGUGAACAGGACCACGCCGCUGCCCCAGUCCGGCCUCAGUGGUGGUAGCAGCCAGAGCGCGGGGCCGGGAGCUCCUCCGGGGCCGCCGGCUGCCCCGGGACAGGCCGGCGCGGCCAGGCCGAGCUCCACGUCCGGGGACUCGACGCUCACGGCAGCCAGCGUUAUUGACGCCAUCAUUACUCACUCCAUCAACGAGGGCUCGCCUUCCAGCAACGCGAAUCACCCCGGGCCGCACACCUCACGGCUGGGCGACCGCCUGUUCCAGGGAUUCCAUCGAGAGACCGGGCCGGCGACAAACGACAUUGCCAUCAAGGCGUCCCCGCUGAAGGGCGGGUCGGUGACGUCGGAGACUGGUUCAGACGCGGCGUCCUCGGCCACGAACAGCGGCCCUCCGCCCCCCGCGCAGGUCAAGAAGACCCUGAGCGAGAACAUCGACUCCAUCAUCACCAAAGAGCUGAACGCCACCCCCAACUCGUUCCCGCGCACCCUGACCUACGGGUUCCCCAUGGGCGCGCAGGGCGUGGUCGCCCCCGGCGCUCAGUCUGUCGAGGAGCUCUGCAACUGGAAGCUGAGGAGAGCGAUGCAGCAGAAGGAGGAGAUGGAGGCCGCGCGGGAGAGGGAGCGCGAGCGCGACCGGGAGAAGGGCCGCAGCACGCCCACCCAGCCGGGCCAGCCGGACGAGCGACAAAUCAUCCGGAUCAUGUCGAGUCCUCGCAAGGGCACCCCGGGGCCGCCGUUCGGCGCGGAGCCCGUGUCGCCACCCGACUCUGCCCACUCUGCCACCUCGUCGACAACGACGACCACCACCACCAACAGCGGGAGCUCUGCCGGCUCCGCCUCGCACUGGCUGCCCACCACGGGGGCGCCCACCCCGGCCUCGGUGGCCGCCGCCGUGUCGGGCAGCGUGCCGGCUAGCUUGGCUGCCUCCGACCCCGUGGCGUUCUUACAGCAGCGUCGCUUCUUCCCGGACCGGACCCAGAUGUCGCCCCUCGACUACGUGAAGAACAGGAUUGUGGAGGUGAUGCGCACCUCGGAGGACGACAAGGUGACGGACAGCCGCAAAGAGGGCGGCGAUGCUGCGUCAGCCGGGGCGGCGGCCAGCAAGGCCGAGGGCCGCAGCGCCAGUGGCAGCCCGGGCGAGAUGGUGAUCGACGAGGGACGGUCCUCUGACGAGAAGCCACCCUCCGCUGCACCGCCGACGCAGCCGCCCCACACCCAGGCGCACGCCGCCUCGCCGUACGUGCAGACCAGCUCCACGUACGCCUUCCCCUAUUCGGCGCUUAGCGUACCCCAGGCGGCGCUCACCCCCCAGACGGGCGCGGCCGCCCCCAAGCCACCCGGGCUUCUGCCACCGUCCGUGCCGAAGGAGCCGGUGGCCGAGCCCAAGCCUCUGCUGUCAGCGCAGUACGAGGCGCUCUCUGACGAAGACUAGGGUUAGAUUGUCUUCAUCUUCUGCUCAAUUUGUACCAGUAUGAUUGUGUACUGCUUAUUCCAGACUUAAUGUUUGUUUAGGACUUACCAGCUCUGAAGAUAAAUUAAAUUUCAUGUCCUUGAUGAAGUUUUCUGUUAUGUUAAUUAAUUUGUUUUCAUCUGUUUGGACUCGGAGCAGAAUUGGCCAUGCUGCCACAAUAAUCAAAUGGUCUCAUUUUGUUUGGGGUUAAUUUGAAAAUGGUAUUGAAGUUAUUAUGUUGGGUAUAGGAAAUGGUAUACUGUUAGCACUGCAGGGAAUGAAGUCGUAUGCUGAGACUGUAAUUGGAAAUUGGCCGUUUUUAUUGUGCCUCAUUUCUAGUAUCUUUGUAAACAACCAGCUGUAAAUAGGGUUGCAUUUCUCCUAAGAGACUUCUUGUCAUACUGUGGUACAAGAUGUAAAUGUGCGCUGCACUAUCUCUUACCAUUCCACCCGACUUCUCAACUACUGUUUAAUUACAGGGCUAUGUAAGCUUUUAUAUGGGAUAUUUUUAUUUCCUGUUAGUGUUUUAAAUUGUCUUAGAAAUUCUUGUUAUGUAAUUUUACGAGAAUGAUUUAAUGAUCCUUUUCAUUACCCCUCUUGAGUGACGUGUAACUUUUUAUAAAUAUUUUUUUUAUGUUACGCUGAUAAGAGUCUUCGUGGACUCACGUGAUAAAUGUUGACAUACUAUAUAAGCCCUGGGUAAGCUUUUCAUACCGUCAGGAAAGGUUCUUUAUGUAAUAUAUAUGUGUAGUUUGAUCCAAUGCCUCAAUCUCUGUACAUAAAUCCUACACCCCUGCUGCUAGCUAGGCAUGUUCAAUUUAUUAUAUUAAUUGUGUACAUAUUUGCUAUGCAUCUGAUAUUUUUUUUUCUACAAAUCAAUUUAAGAACAAAGAGGGAUUAGCUGUGAUAGCAGCCAUGUACAGUGUGUACAAAAUGAAGUGUCCUGGUCGUUUGUGUGUUCGUCCCUAGAUCCCCUAAAAAUUCUGCAAUUGGAGGGUACUUGGCAAUUGCAUAAUAGGAAUUUGUUGCUUUUAUUGUAUAAUAGAAUAACAAUUUAUGUACAUUUUUUUUCUAUUUUUUUUUUCCAAAAUCAGUGGUGAUAUUUUAGUGAAAGACGUUCAUGUGGACAGGUUAGUGUAAGCUUCUGCUGCAACAUUGUGAUUUUUGUUUUUAUCUGUCCAUUAUUUAAUAGUCAUGCUUGAGGGGGAUUUAAUGUGGCGGACAAAUAAACGGGCAGAACGGUGAACCAGGUGUUAGGGUUGGUACUCCACUUUAGAUCUAUGGUGUACUCCUAUCAUUCAGUUCUAGUGUGCUAAGUGGGGAGUGGGUUUCAUCUCUGCUGGACAGACUUGCACUGCUCAUGAACUCCCACCCAGUCCCCCUGUAUUAAUGGCACAGUGUCACCCCAGACAAGACGCCUACAUGGUUUUGCAAAUUGGGAUUUUAUGAAGGGUAUAUAGCCUUAAAUUUGGGGGAUGUUUUUUGAUUACUUCUUUUGUUUUUGUUUUGUAUUGUCUGUGGUGGUGCUGUGCUCUCCCUUAACUUCCCUCUGGCUGGACUACAAACUUCUCCUCACCGUCCUCUUUUUCUCCUUCACAGAACAUAACUAGAAUAUGAGAAAUGUUGUAGUCUUUUUCAGUGUACACAGGCGGAAACAAAAAACGAAACAAAAUGUUAUUUUUGUUGAAAAUAUAAAUCCAUGUGUCCGUUA